AUGGCUCAGUGCAGCAACCCACACGGAAGCCCCGUGCUUGUUGGCAUCAUGGGCGGAUCGGGCGUUUACCACCUGCACACCUUGGGCGACGCGAAGUACUACGCCAUCGAUACCCCCUUUGGGCGGCCAAGCGCCGAUGUCUGCGUGGCGACGGUCGGGGGCGUCCAGUGCGCAUUCCUGCCGCGCCAUGGCGUGGGGCACACAGUGAACCCGUCCGAGGUGAACUACCGCGCCAACGUGUACGCGAUGAAACUGCUCGGGGUACGCUACCUCAUUGCCAUCAACGCCGUUGGCUCUCUUGCCAGUGAAUACAAGCCUGGCGACCUCGUGUUGGUGGACCAAAUCAUUGACCGCACCACGGCACGCAAGUCGACAUUCUUUGAAGACGGCAUCGUCGUCCACUGCGACUACGCCUUCCCUAUCUCGGAGGCCUUUCGCACUCUCGCCCGGGAUGUCCUGCACCGCACGUUUCCCGGCCUUGCCACAGGGACGGAGGGGUGGAAGCUGCACGAAAGCGGCACAAUUGUAACGAUGGAGGGGCCGCAGUUCAGCACCAAGGCGGAGUCCCUCAUGAACAAGCAGCUGGGCGGGCACCUGAUCGGGAUGACGACGGCACCGGAGGCGAAGCUGGCACGCGAGGCGGAGAUGGCGUACCUCGUCAUCGCCAUGGUGACCGACAUGGAUGCCUGGAGUGAUGCCCCCCAUGUUCUUGGGGCGGAGGUACAGAAGACGAUGGCGUUGAACGUUGAGAAGACGCGGAAGUCUUCAUUGGAGCUCAUUACGGCCGUGGGUGCCGCUCCCUUUGCGGAUCCCGCGCACAGUACGCUGCAGCACGCCAUUGCCACCGUCCCGUCCGCUGUAACGAAGGAGGUGCGGGAGCGACUCGCCCUGCUCCUGGCGAACUACCCGAGCUUUGCCCCAUGA